AUGGCAUACAAUCAGCAAUACGGUUAUAAUCAACAAACUCCUCAAACUGGAUAUCAACAAACCGGUUACCAACAAGGUGGAUAUCACGCUCCCCCACCUGGAACUCCUCAACAAGGUUAUCAGCCUCCUCCCGGAGGAUAUAGACCUCAACCUCCCCCACAACAGCAACAGCAACAAGGCUAUCCUCCUUCUCAAAACUAUGGAAGACCAGUUCCCCCUCGUCCACAAGGUCCUCCCCCAGGAAGCGAUCCUCAACUUUGGAACUGGUUUACUGCGGUCGAUACCGAUCGUUCAGGUCAGCUCUCUGUUGAUGAACUUCAACGCGCUUUAGUCAAUGGUGAUUGGAGUCCCUUCAAUAUCGAGACUGUCCGCACAAUGGUGAACAUGUUUGAUAAAGAUAAUAGUGGUACUAUCGAUUUUAAUGAAUUUGCUGGAUUAUGGAAGUAUAUUGAAGACUGGAAGAGAUGUUUCCAAACGUUUGACGCCGAUAACUCUGGAAAUAUCGAUCAUAUCGAGAUGAGCAACGCAUUAAAAACCUUUGGUUACAAUUUAUCAGAUCAAUUUAUUCGUGUUUUAGUACAAAAAUUCGAUAAAUAUGGUCAUUCAACAGGCAAAGGAAACAUUACCUUUGAUAAUUUUGUUCAAGCAUGUGUUACUGUUAAAACGCUUACAGAUUCUUUCAGACAAUUCGACACGGAUAAUGAUGGUUGGAUUCAAAUCAACUACGAACAGUUCUUGGAAUUGGUUAUUCGUCAACGUUAA